UUGUGUGUUCCAUCAAUGGAAUGGUUAACGUUUUAAUGAUUCGGAUCGGGGCUUGUAUAAACCCCAACUUCACACCGUUUCAGUUUAGAGUAAAUGGAAUGGCUCACGUUUACAUCGAGACGCUGAUACAGAGAUGCAAAACCCUCGGCCACAUCAAGCAGAUCCAAGCCCACCUCCUGACGACUGGUCAUUUCCAAUUUUGCUCUCUCCGAUCGCGCCUUCUCGACCUCUGCGCCGUCUCGCCGGCCGGCGAUCUUGGAUUCGCCGUCGCGAUCUUCCGACAAAUCCACGAGCCUCUCACCAAUGACUGGAACGCCAUCAUCCGCGGCCUCGCCGCGGGUCCUGAGCCGUCACGCGCGGUCGCGUGGUUCCUCUCCAUGUUGCGCGCUUCUUCGUCGUCUCGGUGUAGAGUCGACGCGCUAACAUGCACCUUCACUUUGAAGGCUUGCGCGCGUGCGCUUUGCUCGUCCACAACCGUGCAGCUUCACGCGCAGACCAGUCGACGUGGGUUGAUCGCUGACGCGCUUCUCUACACGACGCUGUUGGAUGCAUACUCGAAGAAUGGAGAUCUCAGUAGCGCGCAGAAGCUGUUCGAAGAAAUGCCGGUUAGAGAUAUCGCGUCGUGGAACGCAUUGAUAGCUGGAUUAGCUUCGGGAAAUCGAGCUUAUGAAGCAUUAGAAUUGUACAGAAGAAUGGAGAGCGACGGGAUAAACCCUAAUGAAGUAACUGUUCUUGGAGCUCUCGCAGCUUGUUCUCACCUGGGUGACAUCAAGGAAGGGGAAAAGAUUCAUGGGUACGUGAAAGGUGCAAACUUGGAUCAAAACGUGAUAGUCUGCAAUGCCAUUAUCGAUAUGUACGCGAAAUGCGGGUUCAUUGAUAAAGCUUUCGAAGUCUUCGACCAAAUCCCCGCCAAAAAGAGUGUGGUUACAUGGAACACCAUGAUCAUGGGGUUUGCAAUACACGGAGAGGCAUACAAAGCGCUGGAGAUCUUCGAGCAAAUGCAUCACAACAACAUCAAACCAGAUGAUGUUUCAUACCUCGCAGCUCUAUGCGCGUGCAAUCACAUGGGACUGACAGAUCACGGGCUCGCCAUAUUCAACAGCAUCUCUUCCAAUGGAGUUGAGCCUAACAUGAGGCAUUACGGCAGCCUAGUCGAUCUGCUAGGACGUGCAGGGCGGCUGAGAGAGGCUUACAAUGUUAUAUCCUCGAUCCCAAUGGUGCCAGAUCCAAUACUAUGGCAAAGCCUUCUCAAUGCUUCACAGAUUCAUAAAAACGUAGAAAUGGCAGAAACUGCAUCGAAGAAAUUACUGGAAAUGGGUUCUGACAAUGAUGGAGAUUUCGUUCUGCUGUCAAAUAUAUAUGCAGCGCAUGGACGGUGGAACGACGUGGGAAGAGUGAGGGACACGAUGAAGGCUAGAUAUGUGCAGAAAAUUCCCGGUUUCAGCUACAUAGAGGCCGAAGGAACUAUUCAUAAGUUCUACAAUGGCGACAAGAGCCAUGACAGAUGGAGAGAUAUAUAUAAGAAGAUCGACGAGAUCAGGUUUAAGAUCAGGGAGUUCGGUUACAUGGCUGAAACAGGGUUGGUGUUGCAUGACAUAGGAGAUGAAGAGAAAGAGAAUGCCUUGUGCUUCCACAGCGAGAAGUUGGCUAUGGCGUAUGGUCUGAUCAUUACUGAGGAGGAGGAUAUGCCCAUCCGAGUGAUAAAGAACCUGAGGAUAUGCGGGGACUGUCAUGUCGUGUUCAAGCACGUCUCGAAGAUUUAUAAUAGAGAGAUUGUUGUUAGGGAUCGAGUUCGGUUUCAUAGAUUCAAAGAUGGGUCUUGUUCUUGCAGAGAUUACUGGUAACAGAUGUGGAAAACAUUGAUUUUGUCUUAAGCUAGAAAUUGAAUA